AUGGCGCCUGAGCCUCUUCGCGAGCAGUUUGCCUACUAUGGCGCAGACGGCUACUACUUCAACAACAACCUAUGGGGAAAAGACAGCGCCUCGUCAGGCUCGCAGGUGCUGUACGUGAACAAUGCCUCGACCAACGGUAGCGCAUGGCACACGGAGUGGUCCUGGGACGGGGCGCCCAACAACGUCAAGUCGUACCCUUAUUCGGGGCGUGAAUUGGCGAAUGGCGGGAAGAAGAAGAAGCUGAUCAAAGACAUUGGGAGCAUUUGGACAAAGGCCGAAUGGGACUAUCGCGGGGACAGCAUCCGGGCGAAUGUGGCGUACGACCUGUUCACGGCCAAGGAUAGGGACAGGGACACGAGCGGCGGCGACUACGAGCUCAUGAUCUGGCUGGGCAACUACGGGGGCAUGUACCCGAUUGGAUCCUCGACGGGUCAUGUCACGAUCAACGGUCGGUCGUGGGAGCUGUACGUGGGUAUGAAUGGCGACAUGAAGGUCUUUAGCUUCCUGGCGGGCGAGCACGUCAAGGUCUUUGAGGGGGAUCUGCGACCAUUUUUUGGGCACAUCACGGAGAAGCAUGGGUUUCCAGCCCAUGAGCAGCAUCUCACAACCUUGCAAUUUGGCACAGAGCCGUUUACGGGGAGCAACGCAAGGUUCGAUGUUUGGUACUGGAUGGGUGAAGUUGACCAGGGCUCCUGA